CUCCCAUCGCAUCGACCAAUCAGCGGAAAGAAAGGCUUCUCGUCCUUCUUUAGCCCACACAACACAUGCAUGCUAAAGCUAGCAGUGAUGGCAGACAAGUAAAGUAGCCCGAAACGUCUUCUAACAUGGUCCACAUCGGUAGAAUUUGCUUCCGGAAGUAUGGAAACUUCAUAGAUAACCUCCGCCUUUAUGUCCGAGGAGGAUGUGGUGGAAUGGGACUGCCUCGUCUCGGAGGACAAGGAGGCUGUGGAGGAAAUGUUUGGGUGGUGGCUAAAAAUAACACAAGUUUGAAGAAGAUCAAGGAUAAACACCCGCAGAAACGUUUCGUAGGCGGAACAGGAGGCAACAGCAGUGUUCGAGCAUUGAAGGGUGAGAAAGGAAAGGACAUUGAAAUCGUGGCUCCUGCGGGAAUCACCGUCACCGCCGAUGAUGGCAGCGUUAUUGGUGACCUGAAUGUGGAGGGCGAUCGUGUCUUGGUGGCCAAAGGAGGAUCUGGUGGUACUUUCUACUCGUCAUUUGAGCCUGAGAAAGGCCAGGUCAAACACAUCCGGCUGGACCUCAAACUUAUUGCUGAUUUGGGCCUUGUGGGAUUCCCAAAUGCAGGAAAGUCAUCUCUCCUCACAGCAUUGUCUAAUGCCACGCCUCAGAUCGCCAGUUACGCAUUCACAACUUUGAGGCCUGAGAUCGGAAAGGUGAUGUACUCGGAUUACAAACAGAUCUCUGUUGCUGACCUCCCGGGGCUGAUCGAGGGGGCUCAUGUGAACAAAGGCAUGGGACACAAGUUCCUGAAGCAUGUGGAGAGGACCAAGCAGCUGCUGUUUGUGGUGGAUGUGUGUGGGUUUCAGCUGGCAACUAAAACACCUUUCAGGUCUGCCUUUGAAACUGUGCAGCUUCUCACCAAGGAGCUGGAGUUGUACAAGGAGGAGCUGAUGUUGAAGCCUGCAUUAUUAGUGGUGAAUAAAAUGGAUCUGCCUGGUGCUGAGGACAAACUAUCAGAGCUAAAGGAGCAGCUGCAACACCCAGAAGAGUUCGUGGAUUUGCUGCCUGAUGACGUGAUCCCAAAGAACUAUAUGACCUUCAGACACGUGGUUCCCGUUUCUGCCGCCUCUGGCUUCGGCAUCGCCCGGUUGAAGAUGUGCCUUCGACAGUCUAUUGAUGAACACGCCACAGCAGAAACUGAUGCCAUCCAUCAAGAGAGAUUAAAGGAGCUGAGGCACCGGACGCACCAACGUUUGUGAAUAACAGACGUCCGGUGUUCUGGCUGCACCGUGGAGGAGGAAGAGGAACCUCCAGCGUUGAACUUUUCUGAAGCGUCCUUUGGCGAGGCUCAGUUUAUCAACGAGGAUCUGACAGAUUCCCCACCCCUUAUUUACCACGCUCUGUGUCUUAUAACAUCCACACGGGUGUGUUGAUGAAAGUUUUAUAUUAAAUAUAUUACAAUACUGAA